UUAGAGCGAUACGCAUAGUCGAGUGACGCCACGCUAACGAAAGGAUAUAGAAAGAAGUGUGUUUCACGGAGGCGCCAUAAUAGCGCCAUUUAGAGAGGGAGCGGUGUUGUACGUUUCGUUUCGUACGAACGCAACGCGAUAGACGCGCGACGCUUUUUCCCGCUUCUUAUUACCGACGCUCGGCGUCAUUCCUUCGGUUCAUGGUUGUCCCCUCGGCGACGAACACGAGAGAGAAAAUACGAGAGAGAAAAAAUAUUCUAUAGAUAAAUAAUUGGCGAUAGACGUGAAAGGCGGAGGAACGAAAAAGUAAGGAAGAAGAAGAAGAAGAAGGAAGAAGAAGAAGAAGGAAAGAAAGAAGGAAGGAAAGAAGAAACGAAGAAAGAAAGAUAGAAAGAUAGAAAGAAAGAAAGAACGAGGAAGAAGAAAAAUAAAGGAUAGAAAGAAAGAAAGAAAGAAAAAGAGAGAAUAAGGAUUACAUUGAAGGUGGUGGUGGUGGUGGUGUACGGGUGGCGGUGCUAUCGGCAUUGUGGAUGAGUUUGUGUAGUGGUGGUGGUGAUAGUAAUAGUGUAGUAGUAAUAGCUGAAGUAGUUGUAACAGUGUAUUGAAGAAGAAGGUGGAUGUUGAACCGGUGUGACACACGAACGUGCGGAGAGUGUGUGUCGAGUGUUUUCGAAACUACUCGCCGAAAUUGUUCGGCAACGUUGGAUGUCUCUCUCUCUCUCUCCCCCCCCCCCUCUCUCUCUCUCUCUUUCUCCCUCUAUCGUUAAGUAAAUGACGUGUAGUGUAACAUAUAGAGAGAAAAAGUGAGAAAGAGAAACGCGUAUAUGAGGUAGGACGCGCCACGACGCGCCACGACGCGAACUACCCGAGAUAUCCCUUCGUUAUUUGCAAUUAGAACGGAGGAACCUGCAAAGAAAGAAAGAAAGAGAAAGAGAGAGAGAGAGAGAGAGAGAGAGAGAGAGAGAGAAAGAAAUAUAUACACAUAUAUAAAUACAUAUAUAUAUAUAUAUACAUAAUAAUAAUAAUAACAACAAUAAUGGAGAAUAGACCGACGCCACUACGUUCGAGGCGAGUAUGCAGAUUCUGCUUGACCGAAAGUGAACCUUUGAGCUUCAUAUACGAGAGGGAUCACAACAAGCCUUUCCAGGUGCCGCUAACCCUGCAGAUCAUGUCGUGCGUUGCCAUCGAGGUUUACGCAGCCGACGGUAUGCCGCAGAUGAUAUGCAAUAUGUGUAGAUGGAAUUUGGAUCGUUCUUACAAAUUCAAGACGCAAUGUAAGAAAGCGGACGAAGCUUUAAGGGCUUACCCGUUGUCAGGUGUUUUGCCACGUCCAUUUCCACCGAUACCAAACGAACCACCAGAAACCGGUACGAAGAGAUCGUCCGAGCAGAGAGGGCAAAAUGAGAGUUCGAAGAAACCGCGUGUUGAUAAUGGCGACAGAGAUAGACGUGAUAACAGAGAACGAGACAGGGACAGAGAGAGGGAGAGAGAGAGGGAAAGGGAAAGGGAGAGGGAAAGGGAAAGGGAGAGAGAAAGACAAUCGGAGAAAGUACGGGAGAAGAGCGAGUCCCGUCACGAUUUCUAUGAGGAGGAUCAAGAUCCAGGUAGCGAGGGUGAACAAGAGACCAACGAUACGAAGGAGGAAAGGGCCAAGUUGGAGCCCGGUGAGAUAAGGGUUCACGCUUGCGACCAAUGCGAACGUACAUUCCCACUUAGGCAGGCGUUAGCCUUGCACAUUCAGCGUGCCCAUCGGGACAGAAAUUACAAAUGUACCGAAUGCGACCGUAUGUUUUUCUCAAAAUACGAUUUGAGCAAGCACAUGGCAACUCAUUCCGAGGAGAAGCCAUAUUCAUGUCAGGUAUGUCACAAACAAUUUUCACGUACUAGUUUGUUACAACGACACGAAAAGUUACAUCGUGACGAAUUACGUUUUCCAUGUCAGCACUGCGAGCUAGAAUUUUUUACCAACGAGGAAUUGCAAAAGCACGAGGACACGGUACACAAGAAGGACAAACCGUACCAAUGCAAUAUCUGUAACAAACGGUUCUCGUACAAACAGGGCUUGGAACGUCACGAGAUGAUGCACAACGAGGACAAGACAUUUGUUUGCGAGUAUUGUAAGGAAGCGUUCCGUACAAGUACGAAAUUGGCGAGACAUUUGACAACCCAUGCAGGACAUAGGCCGUAUCUUUGUAAACUAUGUCCGCGUACCUUUUUAUUAUCUCAUCAUCUAACAAGACACAUGCGUACACAUUCCGUCGAGAAGCGUCACGUUUGCGAGGAUUGCGGCAAGGCAUUUAAACGUAAGGAGAGCCUCGAGGUACAUCUUUUGACUCAUACUAAACGGAGCGGCAUGGGCUUGACCUGCGACGUUUGUCAAGAAUCAUGUCGCAAUAGGGCAGAUUAUGUUACCCAUAUAAAGCAGCACAUAGAAGCAGGCGAGAAAAUGGGACCGGACGGUUUACAGCCGGACAAUAAGAGUAAAAUUGAAUUGGAUUCGGAAGAGGAGGAGGAGGAGGAGGAACAAUAUUCCGAUGGCGACGACGAUUACGAGCCACCGGCAUACAUAAUUAAAAAACUUCCGAAGAGUAAGCCUACCGAGAGCGAGGAAGAGGCCGAUAGAGUCGAGAAAGAGGAUCGUAAAGAGCACGUAGUAUAUGUCAGAGGUAAAGAUGGUAAUAUGAUGAAGAAGACGAUAAAAACAUUGAUGCCCGUUCAACGUAGAGAGGUACAAGAUACGAAACCUAAAGCGAGUCCUAGUAAUACGCCAUCCAAUGUAAAGGCGCAACAAUUGAAGGAUGAAAAGACACGAAUUGACGAUACAGAGGCACAGGUACAAAAAAUCGUUGCCUCUGUCUUUAAAGAACACAAAAUACCUCUGAAGCAUCAAAAUGUUAAUCAGGAACAUGGUAAGGAUAGUACACCGUCAUCUAGCAGUGGUCAAACCGUCAAAUCUCAAACGUCGUCGCAAAGCUCACAGGGACAGGUAUCUUCCAAGGAUGAAAAAGCAGACAUGUCUACAUCGAAAUCCGUUAAUACGGUUAAGGUUUUCAAGAGAUUCGUCGUUAGGAAACCAGGUAAUACCGGUGUAGAAACGUCAUCCAUAACGUCAACCGGGAAAGAAUCCGUCGCUGAAUUGUCCAAUCUUUUAACCCAAGCUACAUCAUCGGGUGGACAUAAGGUCACGAAAAGAGUUAUAGUACGUAGAAUCAUUCGACAGGGUGAUACUACGAGAGAGGUAAUCAUGAAUCCAGAUGGUACGGUAAUAGAUCCAGCUGAAUUGGCUAAAUUACCUACCGGUAAUGUUGUUAAAAGAGUUAUCGUUAAAAAGCCAUUAGAUAAAACUUCUGGAUUGGUACAGGCUGUUCUUCAAUCCUCUCAGGAUACACGGCCAACGACUACCACAUUGAAAACAAACGAAACUAUGGCAACCGACUCGCCAAAGUUCGAAUUAAAGACCUCACAAUCGUCUAACAUGUCAUUGCCAACGUCGAAGACAACAACGGUAGGACAAAAAAUAAGUGGUGGUCUUACGAAGGACGAUCAAGAGACUAAAGAGAAAUUGGAACAAUUGGAGAAACGUGUUGAACAGCAACGCCUUAAGAUCGAGGAAUUACAAGCUAGAAAACAACAGGAGUACGAACCGAUAGACGAGAUGUUGCCAGAAAGACAUGAUGAAUCUGAGGACGAACAACAAUUACCAUUAAAGAGGGUAUUCGUUAAGAGGAAACAAAGUAUUUACGACGAGGAACAGGAAUAUAACGAUGACGUUAAACCAAUUACCUUUACCAGUUCUUCCGAGAAGGAUGAUAACGAACAGCAAGAUACUAAAGAUGAGAAUCAGGAUAAUUUUCAAAAAUUACCCGUUAUAACGACUACAGCGACUACAACUACGAUAACAACGGAUACCGUACAACUCGAAGUUCCUUCGUUAUCGACAACGGUCCCUACAUUGACAACCGUACCACCGUCUACUACGACGACAGCCUUGGUAUUGGCCACUCCUAUUUGUACACCUCGUAAAGAAACUAGACAAGCUACCUUGACAAGCUCAAAAGUAUACGGUAACAAAAAGAUAAUAGUUGUUAAAUCUGAGGAAACAUCGGAGGUUGACGAAAUGAAUCGGGAACUUAGCAGCAUACUCGAUUCGGCUGAUACAGUUGCGAAAAUUCAAGAAACAGUAUUAACAAAUCUUACACAAAUUUCAGGGGUCGGUGAUAAUUCUCAAAAGUCUUCUUAUUCUGGUGAUAAAUUAAAAGCCGCGUCUCAUGUAACGGGAUCUACAACGCCAAUGGAGAUCGAGGAAACUACGAUAACCGAGGAAGAAACUAUCAAUGAUAAGGAAGAAAAUUUGAAAAUUCAAAGGGUCGUAAGCAUGGACGUAUUGGAUACACAGGUUAUUGAAUUUAAGCCUGAAUUGGAACAUACCACGGAACAGAUCGUUGAACAGGACGAUAAUCAAGAAUCAUCUUUGACAUUGGACACCCAAGAUCUGUCGGAGUCGACGGAUAUUUUUGAACCAUCGGACAAUGUUCUCGACGUACAGAAAAAUGAUAAUACAUUGGAGGAUUCGGUUAUCGAGUUGCAUCAUGAGAACGAGUCGAUUAAUUUGAACGACACCAAUGACAGUCAGGACAGUCUCGAGGAUAAAUUAUCGCAGAUGGAGGGUUAAAUUGCGGGAUUAUUUUAUUAUAUUAAAAAGUGUCUCUCAAAAUGGAUCUACGAUACUACUACUACUACUACUAUUACUACUACUGCUACUACUACUACAAUUAUUACUGCUAGUACUAUUACUACUACUUUUAAAAAAAAAAGUGCAUCUUAAAAUGAUCUAUUUCUUCUUUUUUUUUUUUUUUUUUUUUUUUUAGAUAUACAUGUGGUUUUUUUUCGUGACAUUAAAGUCCGACAACCGACUUUAGAAUUAAUAUUCUCCGAUAAACAUUAUUGUAUUGUCACACAUACAUACAUAUGUACAUUCUAUCGAGAUAUUUCAUUCGUUUGUUAACAGCUAUAAUCAUACACACAUACACGCGCGCGCGCGAGCGCAUACAAACAUACACACACAUACUUUUCUUUUUUUCCUUCAAUGAAAUAACUGUUGAACGAUCGUUAUACGAAUUAAAUAAUCAUAUCCACAAUUUCA